AUAUUGUGACUUUUAUUUCUGUGUGAGGUUCAUACUGUAUCCGGUUGAGGGCUGAAGAACUUCCGGGUGACAGUGCAGAUUCGUCAAAGAGCCCGUGCAUGGCAUGGUUGACAGGAUAGCCUACGGUUUGGUGAGGGAGCCCGGCCGGACGUGUCUAUCAGCCUGAGAGAGGAGUUCCCGUGUCCCAACAAGGUCGAGCUCCGUGUCCCGGACCGUGUGACCGCUGCUCACUUCGCCGCCGCGCAUUUCACAUCUGUCAUUGCUCAGCUAGCUAGCCGCCUGCCGCUGCUCUCUGAAAAUGGCGGAUAUGCCGACGGAGAAGAGCCUGGACGAUUUCUUUGCGAAGCGGGAUAAAAAGAAGAAGAAGGAGAAGGGGAAGGGCAAAGAGCCGGCCCCCGGCCCCAUGUCGGCCGCCAUGAAGAAGACCAAGAAGGAGAAGGAGAAGACGACUAAGAGCGACAACCAGGACUCGCAGGUCGAGAAGGAGGACGAGGAGUGGAAGGAGUUUGAGCAGAGGGAAGUGGACUACAGCGGCCUCCGGCUGCAGGCUCUACAGAUGAGUGAUGAGAAGGAGGAAGAGGAGUAUGAGAAGGAGGAGUUUGGUGAGGAUGGAGAGAUCAUUUUGGUCAGUGGAGACAAAGUGUCGGGGCCCUGGAACAAAUCUGGAGGUGCUCCGCCUCCUGCUGCUGUGCCCGUGGAAGAGGAAGAGGUGCCUGAGUCGAAGCCUUCUGGGGUAUAUCGCCCUCCAGGGGCUCGACUGACCAGUUCCAGACGAGGUCCCAGUCAGGGCCCCCCUGAGAUCUUCAAUGACACCCAGUUCCCAUCUUUAAUGGCCACUGCUAAGCACGUGGAGACACGCAAGGACCGAGAGAUGGAGAAGACCUUUGAGGUGGUGAAACACAGGAACCGUGGUCGAGAGGAGACCGGCGGUACUUCCAUGCAGCACUUGCAGCUUGACAACCAGUACGCCAUCCUGGGGGAUAAGUAGAGGCGCUCCCCUCGGUCCCCUGGCCCCUCCAGCACAGUCCUGCCCAGCCCCUUGAAGGAAGCUGAACUCCAGCUGUGUGGACAGCAGUCCUGACAGAGCUGACGCUGCCACCACCAACACCACCACCACACAGCCCUGUACACACACACACACACGCACACACACAGCCCCGUACACACACACUUCCACUCAUACACAUAGUGACACUCCCCUUCAGUACAUCAAUAUGACACUUCACAUACAUCUGGUUGGCAAACCUGAAGGACUGCAUCGGAAGGGGCUGCUGAAGGAGGGAAUCAUUGAAAAGGAAUUGGCUAAAAACACCACUGGUACAACAGCGCUGUCCUUGGUGGAUUGUACUCAGAGCAGCAGUUGUACGCCACCACUUCUCUCUGGACUUCAACUUGCUUUGAUAAAGCCACUGAGGAUCCAAGAAGACUUUAGACAAGAGGAUUUUACAAACUUCUGUGAAAAUAUCUAUUUUUUGCAAGAUUGCUAUAACCCAAUUGCACAUGGUUGUUGUGAGGUGUGUCUUUGUGUUGCGAUUGGGGCUUUGGGGGAAACUAGCUCCACAGCAUUGCUGGUGGUGACCAUGUGGACUGUGGUGGUUAACAGGGCAAACACAUCAGGCUCUUCAACUUAGAAACUGCAAGCUUUGUUUUUCCUUCAAGAUGAUGACGACGAUGAUGAUGAUGAUUAUGACGACGAUGACAUCACCCCGCAGAGAUCUAUGGACAAGAAGGGAUAGGUUUGUGGUCCCCAUUUAGAAUUUCUAUAAAAAGUGGCCUUACUGAUCAGAGAGAAAAUGCUUUGUCAUCUGAAGAGAACUAUACAAAAGAAAAAAAACUCCUCCUUUUCAAGAAUGUAGUACUGACGUAGUUCUCCCGAUGAUUACAACUACUAAGUGUCUUUCAUAUCAACUGAUUUGUUGCCCUUACUUAAUUUAGGUUAAAUUUAGAUUCCAGCUGGUUACUUGUCCAGAAGCAUUCUUCUGGUGACAAGAGCAGUUCAACACAGUCCUUCCUCUCCAGGUCUCAGUGUCCAAGCCCUCACUGCAGCAGUUCACAUCAGGUCAGUAACGCAGAACAUUUCCAGAGAGAUGCAGUAACUGCUGGUCUGUAAAUACAAACUAUCACCAAACCAACACAUGCUAUCCGCUUCCAAAUCAGUGGUUUACCCAAUUCAAUUCAAAUCCAAUGGCUUUUUACUACAAGCAUAGUUAAGUUUAGAAAGGUGAAGAAGUGGAUUUGUGUUUUAAGUCUGUAUCUGUCCUUUUCAUGGAGAUGUCAGGGAGUGUAAAUCCCUGUUGGGUCGACCGAUCAUAUUUACCAUGAAAAGAGAAGAGUCUAACACGAAACAUAAAUAAAGUGAUCCUCUUGAA